AUGGCUCUUGAAGAAGGUAUACGACAUAAAUCAGGCCCGCUAAAACAGCAAAAUAAAACACACAAACACGGACGGCACAGGAGCAAGAGCGAGGUUGAUAAGUCUAACAAAGGUUGUAUGUCAGUUUUCUCAAUAAUGUUCCGUGAAAACUGUUUUUCAGUGCUUGUAGAGCCUCAGAAAUGCUUUCUUUUUCUGUUAAAAUUAAUUUGUGGCCACAAUUAUUAAGUUGAACAACGAUAGCAUUUUCUGCAUUCGUAUUGUUCUUUAAAUUCGGUCUCCGUCGAUAAGACUCGCUUAAAGAUCGUUUCUUCGUAUUAUAUCGAUGAAGUUACGAUGUAGCAUUCUAACAUUGUACAUGCCUGCAAAGCAUACUAUAAGAUUAUGUAGAUUAUUAUAAUUAAGAUUGUUAGUAAGACCGUAUGAUGGCGUUAUUUGUUCUGCAUAUACGUGCAAUAAGCCCGUGGGUAUGAAGCUUACGUAGACACCUUUUCAACUUACGUCAACGUCUCUAACAUACUGUGUCCUUGUUCAGGCCGUGUUGGAAUCAAAGUGAUUUCAAAGAAAGUUCGACAAGCUGUUGGGAAAACCAAUCGUAGACACCAGGUUGGUGUUAUUUGUGUUUAAGUGAACUGUGCAAUAUAUUUCAUUAGGAAAUUGUUGCUAUGAUGAAUUGCUCCUAAUACUUCAAGCCUAUCGCUUCCAUAAGUGACCAAGACAGAAUUUCUCCUUACAAUAUCUCUACAAUAUAAAGCCGACAAGUGAUGAGAUUAAAGAAACAUGAAUAAGGCAAUCAGUUGAUCACUUACCAAAUUCUAUAAAUUAUCCAAAUUCUCCAAAGAGAAGAACUGUAUGAUAGACAGAAAGGAGAACAGCUUGGGAGUGAAAGAGUUGAAGGAUGUAUCAGGCAACUGGUUGAGUUGUAUGGAUUUUAUUUAGUGGCUCUCCAUUGAAUGAAUUCCCUUGUUGUGCUGUUUAUCUUGCCCCAGAAUAAAUAUCUCAGCUUCCCCUUUUCUUGCAAAUAUAGUCAACUGGUCUGGUAAUUACCAAUUAACCCUUUAACUCCCAAGAUCUCAUUAGUGAUUCUCCUUACUGUUUGCCAUACAGUUCUUGUGAUGUUAGUUUGGAGAAUUUGGUAUUUUGAUCAAUUAAUAAUUCCCCAAUUGAUAUUUUUUUUUUAUUCUCAUGACUUGUCUACUGGAUAUUGUAUUGAUAUUGUAGGGAGAAAUUCUCUCUUGGUCACUGAUGUGAGUUAAAGUGUUCAGAGAUUUCUGUCCUUAAUAUUUAUUUGGACUGUUUAUUUUCAAUCUUAUGACUGGUAUUAAAUGGAUCACCAGCAGCUAUGUUCUGCCUUGUAGUCUCCAUAAACAGGACUGUGCUCCAGCAAAGCUGGAGUGACACAUGGACAUGUCACUUCCCUUUUUUUAUUGAACAAGUUUUUGAUUUUGUUUUAAACAGGCUAAACAGAUAAGAGAUAAAAGAAGAGAGGAAGUAUUGGAACAAAAGAGAAAAACAGGGAAGCAAGGAAGCCCUCCUCAUCUUAUUGUGAGUGUCAUUUAGUUUUUCUAGACACAGCUCAAUCCAGUAUUUUAAAGUAGGAGAGAAAUGUCAGGAAAGUUGUAGUUUGAUUCUGCUCAAUUUUUGUUUGUUAUCAUACCUACUGUAUAACUUCUGUUGAAGAAUAGAAAAAUUUAGAAAAAGCUUGGUUGGAAAAAUUUUUACGUUAGGCAAAAUUUAAACCAUCAUGAUGAAAAUUGUAAUAUAAAAUAUUACCAUUCAUUUAAUGUGUAUUACAUGCUUGUAUCUCCACAUGAUUAAGUUCAUUUUAAUGUUUCUAAGCACUAUAGAUGACCUUAUGCGUUGGCAAAUGUGCAUGUACAUGUAAGGACAUAAAUUUAAAUUCUGCUUGAAAGAAAAAUUUCAAAUAAACUGACAGCAGGCAAAUUAUUGCAGCAGAAUUGUGAGAUUCAUAUUUAUAUGUAGUAGUCUCGUUAAAAGAAAUAAUACAUGUAUUUGUCUGGUUAUUUUGGUUUUAGUAAGAGUGUGUAUGUAGCACACUAAUAGAAAAUUUAAAAGUUGACCAAGUAUCAUUGUGGGUCUUAAUUAAAAUUACACACAUGAUCACCUCCUAAUGCAAUCACACAAAGUUUAUAGCUAUAGCUGUUCAUAAGGUAUUUGAUUUCAUGUUUUAAAGAUGAAAGCGUUUUUGAUAACACAAAACUCCAAACAUUUUGCAGACUGUUGUCAAGAGACCUGUAAAUAGUAACUUUACACUUUUAAAUUUCUGUCAGGCAAUUGUUCCUCUGUCAUCCAAUUGCGAUGUUGACCAAGCUCUUAAAUUGCUCACUGAGUGUGACAGCGAUGGCUCCCUCUGUUCCACAAGAAACACUACCACCCUAGUGUGAGUGGCUAAGCAACCAUGAACAGUAACUCUUGAUAACUACAAUUUUUAGAGUCAUACACUUAGAAAUAUUUCACCAGACUGCAAUCUAGAAUUAGAAUAAUUUCAUAAUGGUCAUCCAUAUUAUUCCUCAGUGAUUGUCCAUUUCUCUUCAUGUUACUGAUACAAAAUAGUAUAGCUAUAAAAGUUGAAUUUGAUGCUUCAUUCAGAAGUAAUGUCACAAAAAUUUAAUUAGUUCAUAUUAUUGCCAAGUGUUCAGCUUGAGCUAAAGUUUGUUACUUAGCUUUUAGCCUUAAUUUGAUACAAAUGUUGGCAUGUAGUAUAUGUAUGUAUUAUUUUCUUUACCACAUUUUUUUUUGUGGGCACACUGCCCCCAGGCUUGGGACUUCAGACCUCGAUUAUUAAUAAUGCGCAUUCAAUUCCUCUUUCACUCAUUCAGUUCACAGCUGCUGAAGCAGCGAUUUUCUUUUCUUCCAUUGAAGUAUGGGGACCUCUUUGCAGUUUUGGAUGCAGCAAAGGUUUGUAACAUAAUUUUUUUUUAAUUAAAAUAAUGAUAGGCCCCUGGGGUAAUUUUCUAAACACCAUUUACAGAAUGCUGUUGAUUGAUAUAGUGUCACUUGAACCUUGAGGUGAAUGGUGUGGUGAUACACUAUUACAUGUAGCAAAUAAAGUUCUCAUAGUUGAACUGAUUGAUAAUUGCAACCAGACAUAUUUUCAACACAUUUUCUGAUUUGCUCUAUGGAUGAUGCAGGAAUCUGUAUAUUCUGAGACAUUACAUGUUGCCAUGCCUAUAGUUGAUAUUUCAUGGUUUUAUAGUUAGGUGUUCAUUUUUAGAUGAUUGACAAACUGGCAAAAACUUAUGUUUUUCAACUUAAGGUUUCAGAUUCUCUUCUGUUUCUUCUGAAUGCCACUCAUCCACUGGAUUCCUUCGGUGACAAAUGUCUAUCCUGUAUAUUUGCACAAGGCUUACCAACAUCAUUCCUUGGGGUUCAGGUAGGUACAUUUACUUUGUGUGUGUUAAUUUUUUUUUUUUUUUUUUUUUUUGACUUGUGGGUGUCUUCGCAGUAUGAAGGAAAAUGUUUUAAGUCACUGUUCCUUGGACUUUUUGCACAUUACAGUGGAGGGAUAGUUUGCAUGAGGAAAGUCCUGGAGAGAAGUGUUGUGUACUUGUAAAUGAAAGUUUGACAAGGUCAAAGGACAUCAUUAUCACUCUACAUGAACUCAGAUUUUUGAAACAUUACUCACUGUCACCAAUGUGAAUGUGUAUAAUUUAUUCCAGGGUCUGGAGGAAGUGCCAUCAAAGAAACGAAAUGAUGUAAAGAAACACAUACAAAAGAUAGUAGAAAAGAGGUACAUGUCUGUCAGUAUUAUGCUAUUUUUAAUUAAAACCUUGUUGAUCUCAUUUUGAUAGUGGUCAUAUACAUGUAACAUACACGUGUAAAACCAUACACUUAAAAUAUCAUUUGGGGUUGCCAUAAUUGGUUUUACUACUAUUGGGAUGUAGCUUAUACUAAGUAAAUCAAAGCUGAUGAGGUGUAUUGAACAUGUUUUAGUUUUGGUACUAAUAUAUAGAUUUAGGCAAGCCUAAAAGCGGAGCUCGCAAUUUUUUUCCCUGCACGUCUCUUCAACAAAACUAAAGCCCCUACUAUGGAUAAAGUGUGUGGUAAUAUUAAUGGAUUUUCAUUCGCAACUUCUCCGUGUCCGUGUAGAGGACUGAUUAUAAGAUAGUGCCCAUGGUACAGUUGGCUGCACAUGCUAAAAGUAGCACCUUGUAUGGUUAGUCGUACAGUUGUACAGUCAUACAUCCAAAUUUUUUCGGCUUGAUGGGUUACUACUAUUUUGCAUAAUUAUGGGGCUACGCUCUGCGAGCUUUGCUAUAAUUGUACGGCGAAUGUGACAAAUCUACAUUUUUAGGGUCAAUUGUACUUGUAUGCACUACUUGGUAUCACUUUAGUUAACACUUUAAUGUUUAGUCAGUGAUGUAUUGUAUGUAAAGUUUGAAAUAUUUGUCUGAGGUCAUUAAAUGAGCUGGCAUGCACACUUUUUAUUUCUUUUUUCAGAUUUCCCAGGGAUAAAAUUCACAACCUUGAAUCCUCACAGGUGAGAAGUCAUAGACAAAACACUACUGUACAUGUACAUUGCACAUCAAAAACUUUUAUUUAGGGAGCAGUUUACACAUAAGGGCUGCUCAUCACCUGACUACUUUUUCCAUAGUACCUGAUAGAUAGAGGUAAAGGAAUACUCAAAUGUUGGAUUUCUGUUGUCAUGUAUAUUUCCCUUUUUGAUUCUUUGGUUUUUUAUUCAGUGGUUUGUUUCUUAACCCUUUAACUCCCAAGAUCUGAUUGUUAAUUCUCCCCUCUAGCUGCUACACAUUUCCUUUUAAAUGAGUUUGGAGAAUUUGGUGUUAGAUCAAGAAAAACAACUCCUAUGUGAUAAGUUUCAGUAUUCUCAUUACCCAUUUGCUGGAUAGUGUAUGGAUGUUAUAGGGAGAAGUUACCUCUCAAUCACCUCUGAAAGUUAAAAGGUUAACACGUAUUUUACUUUUGCGAGAUCAUUUUCUCCUAGGAUGCUCUUGUAGCACUGAGAUUGAUAUCCAAUCAGCAUCAAAGAGUCAUCCAUUUCCGUGAUAUACGUCCCCACCUUUUAGCUGAAAGUACAACAUUUGAACCCAACAGUGAGGUGACAGAUGUCCCCAGGGGCACCCUGAAGGUGUGUGGUUUUGUCAGAGGGAAGAACCUUUCAGUGAACAGGCUGGUUCAUCUGCCGGGAUAUGGAGAUUUUCAAAUGUCACAAGUAGGUAUUCUAGCAGGAUACUUGAAACAAUGCUUGAAUAUAAUUAAUAUUUCUAAAGGCCUCGUAGAAAUAGAUCAUUUGUAUCGCGCUUAUCAACAAAUUUCUUUUACACUUGUUUUCUUCGUUUCAUAGAUUGAUGCUCCCGCAGACCCAUUUCCGUGGCAGAAAAGAAAAAAGUCUUCAGGUUUUAGAGGGGAAUCAAUGGCUGUGGUAAAUUUUUGUCUUUUUUUUUGUUCCGGCUUAGUACUUUGUUUGUAUGUUAUUUUGGUUGUGCAUGAAUUUUUGUUAAAUUCAUUUCGCGCACGUAGCUGCGUUUCCUUCAAAUUAAUAUUUUGAAAUAUCGAACGUUUUAGAUCUAUUCUUUAAAACGUGAUAGCAUUAAUACUAUGGAGGACGUAACACAAAACUCAUUCUAUGUAACCGUGGAGGUGCAUUCUUUCCUCUGUCCCAAACUCUCUUUCAUAUAUUAUAACACAUACUCUGUACACUCUAUCGGUCACUAUCCUCUGUCUAUCGUGAGAUUCCUCAAACAAAGUUACAAAAUAAGAUCUGAAUAAAGUGCAGUGAUGGACAACAAAAUGCUAAAAAUGCCAUAUGCUAUUUGAGAUUCCUCAAACAAAGUAACAAGAUGAGGUUUGAAUAAAGAGCAAUGAUGGGCCACAAAAUACCAUUUUCGCUCAAGAAAAGUAAAGAAAUGCAUUGUCGUGAUAUCAUAGUUGUAGAAUAAUCCUUUGGAAGUUUACCUUUUUUAUUGUAUUACCGCACAUCAUUGCAGGAUACUGAGGAAGGAACAACUUCCAUGGAUGAAGACAUCAAGCUUAUAGCUCGAGCUGACAUAGCCUUUCAGGAAUCACUUCAGUCGGAAGUCGAGCCUGACCCGAUGGAAGGAGAACAAACAUGGCCAACUGAUGAAGAGCUGAGGGAAGCGGAAGGUCUGGUGUGACAAUGAUUAUGUUUUAUACAAUAAAGAGAGAUCGUCCUUUUUGAUGAAUAAUGCAGUAGACUGACCAUAAGCGAUUGCCCUCGACCAAAGUGAAAUCAACUGAAAUUAAAAGCCUAGACGGUUAAACCCUCUUUUGGAGUUAGAAUGAAGAACGAGCCUCUUAAAGAUUUUGCAAGCGCCGAAGCUUAUGGAAACGCUGUUUAUUUUCCGCACUUUUUUUUGCGCCUCUUGGGAACUUAUAGCCGUUACAGCUACAGUGUAGCUGUAAUGGCUUGUAUUACAAAAGGACCACCGGGAUAUGACGGCACAUUCAUCGCGGACGAUUUCGGGCAAGCCUGUAGUAUGCGAGAACCAGACCUUUGGCGCCGUUUCCUCCAAAUUUUUUACAAACUAUUUCAAGCACAAAGCAUGGAAAUUUACAUUGUAAUGCUUCGUAUGCUUGAGCAUUUGCUUUUUAAUUUGAGUUUUGACUCGCAACUAUCGCUGCAUUGCGUUUGAUUUUUAGCAGAGGCCCGCCAAGAAAAGAAAGUUGUGAAGAGGGUGCCCAAAGGAACCUCUGACUACCAGGCCGCAUGGAUCACAAAUAGUGAUGAUGAAGAAGGCCCGGAUGAUGACGACAAUGAUGAAGAUUACGACGAGUUUGAGGAAGAAAUGGAAGGCAGUGAUGGUGAUGAUUCCAUGGUAAUAUGCGCUAAAAUCCUUUUUUGGCGGCAGUCAUCUAUGCUUUCAAAUCUUGCUCCUGUUUAAUCCUUUUCACUCUAACAUCAGUGUGCAUAUUCUCCCUACCGUUUUCCAUGCGUUUCCCAUGGGCCUUUGUAAGUGCAGCUGCGGUAUAAAUUGGUUCCCUUGAACCAAACAACUUGAAGCGAUUCUUGGCUUGGAACGUGUUAGGCUAGGCGCGGAAAUAGCUGGGGGCGUGCGUGUCUGUCUUCAAGUCAUUGUCUGUUCAUAAACUGUUUGGUACACUUGCAAUAUUUUCUGGUGAUUAUUAAUGACGACGUAGUCCCCCUGAACCCUUUUGGAACUUAUAAUGUGUGACCAUUAAUCCGGUAUAGUUGUGUAAUCUUUACAGAACAGCAAAACAGGAGUGUCUACAUUAACAACAGCAAUAUAUCAACGGCUAUAACGACAACAAAAUUUACUCAAGCAAUAGACCUUUUCCUCUGCGUACAGAGCGUUACCUCAACACGAGGGGGUUGGGAGAAUUCGAGAAAGUUAUGGAAACCUGAGGCGCGAUAGAGUCCUUUAUUGGUUUUGUAAAAGAGCUCCAGGAAACAGUGAAAGCGUGACGGCACAACCAUGUUUACAUCCUCUCAUCCAAACACACCUAACGACUAAUGAGGGCGCGCGUUCUAUCUUUAGUAUUUAUGAAAUCUUUUAGUACGCUAUGUAACUUGCACGUGAAGGUUCUGAUCGCAGUGUCGUCUAUUUCAUAUCUUUGCAGCGCAAUGAAGACGAAGAGUACGAAACAGUAAGUAAAAAAAGCAAUCAUACUAUUUUUCCUUUUUCCUACUCUUUACUGAACGAUAAGUUUUGGAUUUUUGGAUAAUAGUCAUUUAAAAAAAUAGAAAUGAAAAUUUUUCCAAGAGUUUUAUGUACAGCUGCACGUAGUUAACAUGCUAAUCUACGAUAGUAUCCGUUUGAUCCCUACUCAGGGUCAUUUUGUAGCGUUUUUGGUCUUGAGACAUGGUUAUCAGACAGUACUUUACGUAACCAGGCUUGUUUAUUGGGUACCGUCGAUCUCUCCAAGAAACCAGACAUACAACUAAGGGGAGGGGGAGGGUUGGAGCUGUUUAUGUUUGCUGGCACCGGACUUCUGGCCCACAAAGAAGACGUACCGGCACUUCCAGACGUAUCCCCUCACUCAUUUAAAGCAAAUAAGCUACAGCAGCUAAGCUAUUCAGUCUUCAAAAAUAAUGUUCGUUUCUCUAUUUUUGAAAAUUUACACAUAAUUCCCUGUUUCCUAAUUUUAGGUAAGCGUCGCUGCUACGGAGACAGAAGACAGUAAAUACGAUGAAGACAUUGAUGUAGAUGAAGAAAGAGGCCAGUAAGUGCUAAAAAAACUAAUGAAAUAAAUAACACAUUCAAGAGCUGCGGUUGGCUGUACAGUAUUAUUCAUGAAGGUGUUUAGUACAUCGUUGUAUACUAACAACUCUUUGUAAGAUGACCCAAUAUUUGAUACAAAUAAAAAUUUGUUUCCAGAUUAGAGAAAAUGCGAGCGGAAAGGGAAAAUGAAAUGUUUCCUGAUGAAAUGGACACACCAAUGGAUCAACCUGCACGCGUUCGAUUUCAGAGGUAGUGUGUAAUUAAAAAAGUGGUAGACGAGCUGUUCUUAAUAUAUCUUUCCUAAAUUCUGAUGCGUUGUCGCAAAAAAAAAGUGUCCUGAUCCUUGUCGGAAACUUGUAACUGAACAAAUAGUUAAGAACACGUUUCAAAAGCAAACAUCAGAGAACUUGAGCAAGAACUUACUCGAAUGUUCAAUUCUUGUCAAUUAGCCAAGGGGUCCAAGAGUGGAAUAAUUUGACUUAACCGCAGAGAUCCCCACAUUGAUGAAGUAUAUAUUUGCCGAACAGACGUAACAUGCUCUACAGCUGUACUUUGCCAGUGGUUAUAUAGUGUGCUGAAUAAUUGAUUGGAUCGUUCUUUCUCUUGCUUAUUUACAGAUACCGCGGUCUAAAAAGUUUCCGUACUUCGCCUUGGGAUCCAAAGGAAAAUCUUCCAUCGGAUUAUGCAAGGUACGUUGCGAGCCUGCACCACCUGGCAAUUUAGGUGCGAUUUUCGGAGUGGGACUUCGUAGUAUUUUUAAGAAUGUCAGGUUUUGAUUUCACUCGUUCGCCACUUUUCGGAUGGGUAUGAAGUGUACGUGCAGAACAGUUUGAUCUUGGUCCUCUUUCUCUCCUUGAAGCUCUAGAUGUUUUUCAGCGGUAUAAAGGAGGCCCUGGCCUUGUCAUUUAGUGCUGUGACGUCUGCGUCUGUGCUAAGUUUAGGUGAUUUCAAUGAACGUCAACACGUAGUUGAUUGUGAUUGUGAUUGCACUUAACUCGUUAUUUUGCAAAAAUUAUGUUCACAGAAUUUUUCAGUUUGAGAACUUCAAACGAACAAAGAAACGAGUCAUGGAAGAAGAUGAGGUGGAUGGCGCGCAGGUAUACCUUGGUUACAGUUGAACCCACCAUGCGGUAGCCCGUAUAACUCAUUAAAAAACCAAAGUUAUAGUCGUUGCCCCUUAAGAAUGCGAUUCGUCCUGUAUUAUCAUUACAUUAAAUCAACUAGAAAGGUGCUGAAAACACACAGUUGUAUUAACUAGUGCACGUAAUUUUGAUAAAACUCCAAAUUCUGCUCUUUAUUUUGCCACUGAAAUGUGUGAUGUGACUAUGUAUGCUGUGUGUAUUGUUCUAACGCGCCAUCUUUUUAUGUAACCAGCAAUGAUACGUUAAAAUUUUUGAUAUCAAGGCUUUUCUGGCAAGUCUUCCCGCAUAUUUAUGUACAUAUCUUUAUUAUUUUAGCCUGGAUGGUACGUGACUGUUCACAUUUCUAAUGUCCCGCGGGCGUUUAUGGGUAAGAUUAAUUUGAAGUCAGUUUGUUGUUGAUUUUUCAGCGAUCGUUUUGUAAAUUAAAAAAAUAAGAAUUAAUUUGUUUAGCGUUUAGCUUUUUACUACUUUGUUAAGUGAAGUUUUUCUUUAUUUUGAUUUUAACUGAAGCGUGGGGAUCAGGGUCUGUUACCUGGGACUUUAAACCCAAUGAUUUCGAUCACUGAGUUAAGUGUUCUUUACGCCAGUUGAAGAUUUUUUCCCAUUCAUUUUGACGAUACAUCUCCACCCAGUUUCAGCGUAAGUGAAGUGCUUCAGAAAGUGACGAUAUAUUUGUCUUUCAAUUUCUUCUUGGGUUAUUCUUCUACUUCCGGCUGCUUUAAAGAGGCCGUUCGCAUUACCUUCCAAGAAGAGAUUAGGGUAUUUUUGAGACAUAACAAACAAGAUUGUUGACUUUGCUCGCUAUAUGCAUCUCCUUUCUCCAGAUUCACUUGACCCCUGUUCUCCUCUGGUGAUAUUUGGACUUCUUCCACACGAGCAAAAAGUAAGAAUCGCCUUUUCUGAAAACUCAGACAAGCCAAUGUUGCUUGAGUUUUUGUAUCGGUUUGAAUUCUCCUCAAAUACUUCUUGUUAACUGAUUUUUUGCAUGUUUUCUCCUGUUAGAUGUCCGUGGUCCAUUUUGUGCUCAAGAGACAUCCAACAUUCAGCGAGCCAGUGAGAUCCAAGGUUUGUUUUAGCAUGUGGCUUUGUAGCUCAGUUAGUAUUAACACCCAAUUAGUAUCUGGGAGGCCUGGGUUUGAAUCCCGUCGAAGCCUGAACUUUUUCACGCUUCUUCUUUUUUUUAAGUGCUGAAAUUGCAGCUCACCUGCAACUACCAUUGCAUUACGUGAACUGUCUUCAAUAAGCCCCUGGAAAAAAAUCCAGUGUAACCCAAAUUUUUCAAUUUGAUUGCUUGCAAUCUGUGUCAACUUUCACGUUAGUAAAUAUCUCCGUUCCUCUACUCUAAUGUAUUUCUCCUUUUUUGAUGGUUUCCCUUCAAAUGGAAAUGAUGACAAGUGUUUUUCCCUUCACUUAAUCGUUACCAUAGCUCCAAUGGCACUAUGCUCUCUUCCUGCACGGUGCUCACAUAAACGUCCGCCUUCCACCUUCAGUCCACUUUGUACGCGUGCAAUGCAGGCUGGUCUUUUCCUGGAGUUGUCUUUUUCUUUUGCUCUAGAACAAUGAUAUAGACUCUUAUGUGGUAUAUUUUUAUGUAAACGACUUAUCACCUCUAGGAAAGAUUGAUCUUUCAUUGUGGCUUCCGAAGAUUUACGGCGUGCCCCGUUUUUUCUCAGCAUACAUCGGGAGAUAAGCACAAGGUAUAACUACGCUGAUUAACUUUUUGGUAUGCUGUUGUUAAUUUAAGUAUAUUUGGUGUCAAAGAGCUAAUCAAACGAUAAGAAUGAUACCUUCCCUGGCCAUUUGACGCCCAAGAGUGACUCGCAUCUACAUGGAAUUUCUCCUUACAAAAUCAAUCCCUAAGUCAAACAUAAGGGUCACAAGAAUAAAUCAAAUGAUCACGAACUAAAAAAAUCGCUGGAUUGUCGAACAAAUUCCCUCAUCAGCGCCUUAGGAAAUAUAUAGAGAACCGUAUGGAGAAUAUAAAUGCUGGUGUUAGGGUGAAAAGUGUCAAACUGAUUUGAUUUCGUGUGUGACGCUUCGUUGCGAUUCGUGAACGGAGAACCUGCUUCUUGCAGGAGAAGCAUUUGGGGUUCCUGCUCGUGUUGCCGAAAAAUAGAAGGGAAAAGGAAAGAAAUCGUGCCUUAAUAAUGGAUUUGGAAUAAACUGGCUUUCAUUCAUUCAGUCAGUCAGUCAGUUAGUCGGUUUGGAGGACAGACAGGCAGUCAAGUACUUGGUAAUAGGUUAUUAAGGUACUCGGUUCACGAUGAGGGCUUCGAUCAAAGCAAUCACAAUUCUUACUACCUUACUGCGGUGUCGUUACAGGAGUAAAUUUUCUCUCGCGGCCGGGCUGACUGAGUCUCUCUAAUAUGUUUUCUUUUAGCUUGAACGUUUUAUGCCUCAAGAAGGAGCAUUUGUGGCGACUUUGUACGCACCAAUUAUGUUUCCUCCAGCACCAGUCCUCGUGUUUACACAGGAUAAUCACACAAGUAAGGCUCAAGUUCACAAAGUUAUAUAUUAACUAUUUAAUUUAUAUUUCCAGUAGAAAAUACAGUGUUCUACGCCAUGAGUGAGUGGUGACGAAAGAUCCUCUAGUAAAGAUGGAGAAAAUUUCAUGUUUAAUAGUUAUCUUGAUGCAAGCUAUUAUUUUCGCUAUCGUUGCCUACACCGUGCGUGAGUCCUCUUGUUGGAAAGAUUAUACAGAAAAGUCAUAGUCUUGAUGUAGAAAUUUUUUCAUGUUCGUCUUCCUCACAACACAAUUCAGUCUUCUCUAUCCUUUGUCAUCCUCGGGUUCCUAUUUGGUUUGUUUAUUUCUCUUCAUCUGAUAAACCUAUUAUUUGAAAGUUGUUAAGAUAAAUCUCCACGUUGGUUAAAAGAUGUCAACCACUUUGUUCUUUGUUCGCGUGCGGAUGUACCUCGUGUUAUUUUUCUUAGUAGAGACCGAUGUUUCUUUAGGUUGUCAUACCUUGGUUGGUACAGGAUCAUUGUACAAAGUCGAUCCGGACAGAAUUGUUGCUAAAAAGAUUGUGCUUAGUGGACAUCCUUUUAAGAUCAACAAACGAUCAGUAGUCCUUCGUUAUAUGUUCUUUAAUAGAGGUGAGUGCUGCUGUUAUUGAACGCGAAGUCUGCUACUUUGCGACUUCCAUGGAAAUGAAUUUUUUUGGCAAUCUGAAUGUAAUCUUAGUUUUGCAUGAGGACAAAGACCGUCUCAGUCUGAGUGUAGAGUUAUUCUUAAGUUGCCUUUUUAAUCAGUUAUGUUCUUUUAUUUUUUUUUUCUUUUACUCUUGCAAGGAAAAUUGUGCGCUUUUUUUCUUCACAACGCCAAGAUUUUAUAACGCUACUGAAAAAUUUGUCUUUCGCCCAUUUUGUUUACGCCUGUUUCUCUUUUUUCGUAGCGGACCGAAUUUAGAAAUAGCGUGAUGUUAUUUGCCAUUCUGUGUUUAUUUCAGAGGAUAUUCAUUGGUUCAAGCCCGUGGAACUUUUCACCAAAUAUGGGAGAAGAGGUCAUAUCCGGGAACCUUUAGGUGUGUCUUGGAUAUUGCAGUUUACAACAGUGGUGCACUACAUUUAUCUGUUUAUGUUAUUCUGUUCAAUCAGAUGCUAUGUUGUUUUAUUCCUAUGUGCAAUUUUUACUCUUCCUUUAAUCUCAGUUGAUAAGCGCUACCACACCCUUUCCUGGUUUUAAAUCAUUAUUCCAGCAAAUUAACAUUUCCGUUUUUCUGCAGGGACACAUGGUCACAUGAAGUGCGUGUUCGACGGAAUGAUCAAAGCCCAAGACACUGUCUGUAUGAACUUGUAUAAACGGAUUUUCCCAAAGUGGACAUAUGAGCCCGCAAUAUUACCACCGCCUGUGGAAACACCAAAGGACAUUGAGGACGCAAUGGAAACUUAAAAUAUUGAAAACUGACUAGUUUUUGAUGAUUGAAGUUUUCCUAUCAAAUGACUACUACAAGGAAAUAACGUGCCAAUAUUCUCUGCCCUAUUUUGAUCAUUAGACGCGAUGUCCUAUCAAAACUGAAGCGCGUUUCUGUAAUUUCUUCCUUUUAAUUUGUGCUUCAGUGCUCUACGAGAUCGCCAAUCAAGUUCAAUACUUUUUAAUGCUCUCCUUGGAUUACAGCUUUUUACAUGAGCCGCGUUGUUCACAGAUAAAUGAAGUGAAUCAUAUUCGGACCUGUAGGUGAUUACAAAUGAUAGAAUUAUCUUUACAGGUGAGCAGCAAUUUAGGAGUUGCAGGGAAAGAAGCCUGAAAAAAAAAUUAACUCUCUCACUCCCAAGAUCUCAUUAGUAAUUCUCCUUACUGUCUGCCAUAUAGUUCUUGUGGUGUUAUUUUGGAGAAUUUGCUAUUGGAUCAACUAAUAAUCCCCUUAUUGAUAUUUUUCUUUAUUCCUAUCACUUGUCUGCUUGACAUUGUAUUGAUAUUUUAAGGAGAAAUUCUAUCUUGGUCGCUCAUGGGAGUUAAAGGCUUCAAGCGGUUUCUUCUUUGAACAUUUGGUUACGCAAAACAAAAGAAGAAGACCAAAAUGAAAGGAAAAAAGUUUUAAGCGUACAACCGUGAUGGUACUUGCACAUCUUAUUAUGUCAUGUAGCAAUCGCGAGCUUAAUUGGUUCUUUGUAUCCAUAAAUCUUCAAAGUUGUACAGAAUACCUGAUGGAGUUGAUGUCGGAGCGGACUGAGAUUUUAAACGUUGUUCGUAUAAAAUCAAUUUGCCGGGUAGGGGUAUUUUGAAAUACCUCAAUGUUUUACGAAUUUCAUAAUUUGGUAUUUUAACAUUCAAGUUUUAAUCCAGAUCCUUUUAACCUGAAUUAGAUGUGCUGUUGUGAAAUGGAGGUAAAAUUGAAGGUGGUAAUGAUCGUAAUAACCAAUGUCUGAGGUUGAUUAAAAACUAUAAAAACUAUAAACCCUCAACAACUAGUUUAUGAGUCGAGCUCGAGUUGUGAGUAACAGGUUUCACAUUUAGUAGGUAAGUGUUUGGAACAAUAGUCCAUACUCAAAUAUUGUGCUGGUAUGGAAACCACUUUCUUUUGACCAUUCCUCUCUUACACCAGGGAUUACGUCUAUAAACUUCGUUGAAUUUCAAUUCAAUGCUACCUUUACGUGUGAAUAGAGAGUGUGU